AUGAAGACUGACGUGAACGAGACCAGUAACAUUAGCAUUCUAGGCAAAGAUUUUCUGAGGAGCGCUGCUUUCAAAUAUCUCGGUUCAACGAUCGCAUCCGGCGGCAGCCAUGUACGUGAGAUCACCGUUCAUGUAAAGGCGGUAUGUAGAACUUUCAUCCAACCUAUAGCGUUCUUUGGCGCUGAGUGCAGGCCCGCAAAGAAAAAGAAGAAGUUUCAAAGUGAUGGGACUCAAAGUGCAACGCCGGACGACUGGUAUCAUUUGUCUCGAUCACAACGAAGAUAUCAGGCAGGCGCUAGGCAUGGAAUCUAUAGCGAGAAGGAAGUAGAUGCGGAUGAAACUCGCCUUCGAUAG